CGAGUCCCCUGAGGGCAUCAUCGCAGGCAGCAGACGCAGCAUCGAGCAAGGCAUCGAGCAAGGCGGCGAGCGAGGAUGACCAAGUGGUUGGCUCGCGGAUGAAGAUCAACGGCCGCUCUCUCACCUUCAACGCGCUCCGCUGUGCCGCCAUUCCAGCCGGCGGCGGGACGAGGAGAGUGCAGGUGUCGUGGCAGCAGGAAGGCGAGGCGGGUUGCACGGCGAUACAGUUCUUCAAGAGUCCCAAGUGCACGGGGAAGGCGGUGGACACUGUCGUGCAAGGCAAGCAGAGGUCCAAGCCCCUCCGCAAGGCAGUCAAGUCCGCCCGCUGCAUCACUGGCUCCACCAGCAGCAGAGCUCCUGACAGCAACAACAAAGCUGCUGACAGCAACACCAAAGCUGCUGACAGCAACACCAAAGCUGCUGACAGCAACGCCAAAGCUCCUGGCAGCAACACCAAAGCUCCUGGCGGCAACACCAAAGCUCUGCUGACAGCAACACCAAAGCUGCUGGCAGCAACACCAAAGCUCCUUCCGAGUAUCCCGAUGCAGAAAGUUCAAGCUCCGGCGUGUGUGGCGACGACAGAGUCAACGGGUGUUUGGUGGGCACGUGCAUCGACCGCGGCACCGAGGACAGGACCUGUGUCUGUCUGCCCAACCACCGCUCCCAUGGCAGCUACUGUGGUAAGCUCUCAUGGCCGCUCCUGUGAUCAGGAUUGGGAACCCAUUUCGUCCAUUACAGUCCAAGGCAGCGACUGGAGGUGCAAGGAUGUAUACAGCAUGUAUGGCCUCACGCUGCAGCAGUUCACCGAUAUGAACAAGGGUAUCGACUGCUCCGCUCUCCUUCCUAAGGGUCGCGAGCUCGUGGUGAAAGAGCUUCUGCCAGCCUGCUCUGCCUUCUACUACGUCCAGCCGGCCGACACGUGCUCGUCCGUCGCUCAGUUUCUCAGCAUCACCGAGGAAAGCCUGCAGCAGCUCAACCCCGGUGUUAGCUGCUCCUCUCGCCUCCUUGCGUUCCGUUCUCUCUGUGUGGAGCGCGACCCAGCCAAGGGCAGGCCAACCUGUGAGAGUGAGAUACAGAUCAGCCGAGUGGUGGACUUCAAGCAGGUGGCGGCAUCCCAUGGAGCCACCAUGGUGGAUCUCUGCAGGCUCAACCCCUGGAUCUCCUUCCGCGACUCCCUACGCGACAUUGAUGGUCUUUGUGUGGCUGCCCGAUACGCUACACCUCCUCCCAGCGACGACACCACACCACCUCCCAGCGACGACACCACACCUCCUCCCAGCGACGACACCACACCACCUCCCAGCGACGACACCACACCUCCUCCCAGCGACGACACCACACCUCCUCCCAGCGACGACACCACACCUCCUCCCAGCGACGACACCACACCUCCUCCCAGCGACGACACCACACCUCCUCCCAGCGACGACACCACACCUCCUCCCAGCGACGACACCACACCUCCUCCCAGCGACGACACCACACCUCCUCCCAGCGACGACACCACACCUCCUCCCAGCGACGACACCACACCUCCUCCCAGCGACGACACCACACCUCCUCCCAGCGACGACACCACACCUCCUCCCAGCGACGACACCACACCUCCUCCCAGCGACGACACCACACCUCCUCCCAGCGACGACACCACACCUCCUCCCAGCGACGACACCACACCUCCUCCCAGCGACGACACCACACCUCCUUCUGAGUACCCCGACGAAGAGAGUUCAAGCACCGGCGUGUGUGGCGACGACAGAGUCAACGGGUGUUUGGUGGGCACGUGCAUCGACCGCGGCACCGAGGACAGGACCUGUGUCUGUCUGCCCAACCACCGCUCCCAUGGCAGCUACUGUGAUCAGGGUUGGGAGCCCAUUUCGUCCAUCACAGUCGCGGGCAGCACCUGGAGGUGCAAGGACGUGUACAGCAUGUAUGGCCUCACGCUGCAGCAGUUCAUCGCCAUGAACAAGGGUAUCAACUGCUCUGCUCUCCUUCCUCAGGGUCACGAGCUCGUGGUGAAAGAGCUUCUGCCAGCCUGCUCUGCCUUCUACUACACCCAGCCAGCCGACACAUGCUCGUCCGUGGCUCAGUUUCUCAGCAUCACCGAGGAAAGCCUGCAGCAGCUCAACCCCGGUGUUAGCUGCUCCUCUCGCCUCCUUGCGUUCCGCGCACUCUGUGUGGAGCGCAACCCAGCCAAGACCAAGCCGAGAUGUGUGAAGGAGAUACGGAUUGGGCGAGUGGUGGACUUCAAGCAGGUGGCGGCAUCCAAUGGAGCCACCAUGGUGGACCUCUGCAGGCUCAACCCCUGGAUCUCCUUCCGCGAUUCCCUGCGCAACAUUGAUGGUGUAAGUAUGGGCACAUCUAUAGCUUCUCUAUUGUGA